AUGUCUAACGACUGGGGCCAAGAGUCCCCCAAGAAGGGCUUCGACAGCUGGGGCGAGGACAACAAGCCCCAGAGUGUCGAGACCGUUGGCUGGCAUCCGAGCGCGACUGGCCGCGAAAAUGCCAUGCCCGGUGCCGCCAUCUCUCCUGGCCGUGGCCAAUCUGGCCGUUUGUCUCCUGCCCAGCUCUCUACGGGCGCGCACUCCAGCGACGGGAAGGCGAAUGACAUGGAGAUGCGGUGCCGCUACUGUGACGAGCCUGGCCAUUUCGCUCGUAAUUGCAACAACCCCAUGAAGUGCUUCAAUUGCAACCAGCCCGGUCACGAGAAGGCGGACUGCAACCAGCCUCGCAAGACCAUGGCUUGCUUCAACUGCGGCCUGGAAGGCCACUCCAAGGCGGAUUGCCCCGAACCUCCCAAGACCACGGCUUGCUUUAACUGUGGCCAAGAAGGCCAUGCCAAGGUCGACUGCCCGAAUCCCCGUGUCUUCCAGGGCACUUGCAAUAUCUGCAACAAGGAGGGACACCCUGCUGCUCUUUGCCCGGAGAAGCCUCCCACUAUUUGCAAGAACUGCCAGACAGAAGGCCACAAGACGCAGGAUUGCACCAACCCCCGCAAAUUCGAUCUCAAUAUGGUCGCUGACAAGGUUCCGACGGAGGCAUGGGCCAUGAUGAAGCAGGCGAGCGAUGAGCGGGACCUCGAGGACUUCCGCACGGCUCUGUCUAUCUACUCAAAGGCCGUUCCUGCCGCCACCUUUGUGGACAUCGAGAAGAAGAUGCGUGAUGAGAAUUUCAACAUCUAUUUCAUUGCUCUGCAAAAGGACGUUGGUGAUGUUAUCAGCUUGAUCAACCUCCAGGGCAAACUGGGUUGCACCUACUCCGUCGGAUUCUUCUACAGCCCGAAGCCGCAGCGCACUACUCUCCGCGUCCGCUGGCCCGAGAACGAGGAAGUCAACCUGGAGCAUCUUGCAGACGCCGGUCUUCCGUUCGAUCGCAUGGUGCCCAAGUGCCUCAACUGCGGAGAACUGGGCCACAUUGCCAAGUGGUGCAAGGAGGAGCGUGUUGUGGUUGAGCAAGUCGAGAUCAAGUGUGCAAACUGCAAUGCCAUUGGACACCGUGUGCGCGACUGCACUGAGAAACGCCGCAGCAAGUUUGGGUGCCGCAACUGCGGAUCGGAGCUUCACGAAGCCGAUAACUGCCCAGAACCCAACACGGUCGAGUGCCGUCGUUGCAACCAAAUCGGACAUUUUGCAAAGGAUUGUCCCACCAAGGAGGCUCGCACUUGCCGCAACUGCGGUUCCGAGGACCACAUUGCUCGCGAUUGCCCGACCAAGGAGGUUCGCACUUGCCGUAACUGCGGCUCGGAGGAUCACAUUGCCCGUGAAUGUGACAAGCCUCGCGAUCCCUCUACAAUGACUUGCCGCAACUGCGAUGAAGUUGGCCAUAUGUCUCGUGAUUGCACCAAGAAGAAGGAUUGGUCGCGAGUCAAGUGUAAUCAGUGCGGUGAAAUGGGACACACUAUUCGACGCUGCCCUCAGGCUCCUGAGCAGGGGCAGGCUAGCGUCUCCGGUGGCGCUGGUGACAACUGGGGCACUGGCAUGGCGACUGAUUCGGCCUUCCUGACUGAUCCGGCGGCGGACAAUGGUGGACUUUGGUGA